AAUAGGGUUAUAGCAGCAUAUAAUGUUACAACUACAAGUACUCAACGCCACAGAUCUAUAGUUUUCAGUAGACGCUCUUCAGAGAUUUCAUUUCUACACUCUACAGUCCUAGUAGCAGUAGAACUCAUCUCCAAUCCAAAAUGUCUAUAACUCAAAACCUCACCACUUCAAUCUCUUCUGCUUCCUCUGCUUUCUUAGCUCCCUCCACCUUCAAUUCUAGGAGUCAGGUUUCAUUGCCUGUGAAGAGCGUGAGCAUUUGUAAAUGCGUUGCGAUACCCCAAGAAACUGAGACUGCCUACAAGACAAAGGUCUCUCGCAAUGCAAAUAUAGCUAAACUUCAAGCUGGCUAUCUCUUUCCAGAGGUUGCUAGAAGAAGGUCUGCGCACUUGCUGAAGUACCCUGAUGCAAAAGUAAUAAGCCUUGGCAUUGGUGAUACUACUGAACCCAUUCCUGAAGUCAUAUCUUCUGCAAUGGCAAAGAGAUCACAUGCAUUAUCAACCAUAGAAGGAUAUAGUGGUUAUGGAGCCGAACAAGGUGAAAAGCCGUUAAGAAGUGCAAUUGCUUCAACAUUUUACAACGAUCUUGGCAUAGAAGAAGAUGAUAUAUUUGUCUCAGAUGGGGCAAAGUGUGAUAUAUCUCGUCUCCAGGUUGUCUUUGGUUCAAAUGUAAAAAUGGCUGUGCAAGACCCAUCAUACCCGGCCUAUGUAGACUCAAGUGUAAUUAUGGGCCAGACUGGCAACUACCAGAAGGAUGUUGAGAAGUUUGCAAACAUAGAAUACAUGAGGUGUAAUCCAGAAAACGGUUUCUUCCCUGAUUUGUCUUCUAUAUCUCGACCAGAUAUAAUUUUUUUCUGUUCGCCAAACAAUCCUACUGGUGCUGCAGCGACAAGGGAGCAACUGACCAGACUAGUUCAGUUUGCUAAGGACAAUGGGUCUAUAAUAGUCUAUGAUUCAGCGUAUGCAUUGUAUAUUUCUGGUGACAAUCCACAAUCCAUCUUUGAAAUUCCUGGAGCCAAAGAGGUUGCCAUUGAGACUUCAUCGUUUAGCAAGUAUGCUGGGUUCACUGGAGUUCGUCUGGGUUGGACUGUGGUUCCAAAGCAGUUGCUGUUUUCUGAUGGAUUUCCUGUUGCCAGAGACUUCAACCGUAUUGUAUCUACUUGUUUCAAUGGCGCGUCAAAUAUUUCCCAGGCUGGUGGUCUGGCUUGCCUUUCACCAGAAGGUCUUAAGGCUAUGCGAGAUGUUAUUGGAUUCUACAAAGAAAAUACUAGCAUAAUAGUGGAUACAUUCGAUACUCUUGGGUUUAAAGUCUAUGGAGGGAAAAGUGCACCAUAUGUGUGGGUCCAUUUCCCGGGCCGAAGCUCAUGGGAUGUAUUCGGCGAGAUUCUUGAAAAGACUCAUGUAGUUACAACACCUGGUAGUGGUUUUGGACCUGGGGGUGAAGGUUUUAUCAGGGUUAGUGCUUUUGGUCACAGGGAAAAUGUCUUGGAGGCCUGCAGGAGAUUCAAGCAGUUAUACAAGUGAAUUUAGAAUAUGUCAUUGGUUUCGUACUGUAUUCUCUUGGGACUGUAUCUGAUCGUGCUUUCUUGGAAUGGUAGUGGUUGUCUUAUUUAAAUAAUGCAAUUGAUUUUCCUUGGAAUUUAGACUUAGAUGUAGAGACAGUGAUUAUCAAUUGAGGACGUUUAUUCUGGUGCUAUUUGCCUUUUCAUCUUGUAUCGUGUACCUGUGGCCUGCAGCAGCACAUCUUAGAUGAUGAUGUUAAAUGUUUUAUCUGUUUCUAUG